GUAAUGCCUUGUCAUAAUUGUUGGCCAGUCCCAUUGCUGCAGUGUCCUCUGUCAGUUCAGGAAGGUGAAAGACUGAAGCUUGCCGCCCUCAGGUGACGCCGUGGCUAAUUAUGCGUCACGCCGCGGAACCGGGCGCUGAUGCGGUCAGGGUUCCGUCAAUCAUUAGUCGGGUUCUUCUGUCGCCCCUGCUCAGGCGAGCCCAUGCAGCUCUCCCGUUGUCAUGGCUACAGGGAAGGGUGGCUCACACAGUCCCCUGCACCUGCCUUCUCAGGUGUGCCGCGUCUGGGGCCCUCUCAUUGGCUGCUUGCUUUGGCCUUCUCAUUGGCUGCCUCAUCUCGGCCCUCUCAUUGGCUGCUCGCCUUGGCCCUUGCCCCUAUGACGCACCGUUGUCCCAGAGAAGAGUGAUCGUGAAAACUCUUGACAUUGAAGUCGGUAACUUUUGUUAAGGAAGUCAACAGAGGAGUCCAGAAGACCCAGAAGUGCACCCCAAAAUCCAGGACAUGGAGUUGCAGAAAGAAAAGCUCCGCAGGCCACUGCCUAAAGGAGCACAGUGUCCAGACGAUGAUGACGAUGAAGAGGAGCACGCAGCUAGUGGGGAGAGGCCAGCCCCGCCCACCAGCCUGCCGAUGUCCGGGAGCGGCGGCGGGAGGAAGAAGCGGCUGGUGGCGCCCGCCAUCAGCCUGACGCUGGAGCGCAGCGACUCGGUCUUCUCCGACGACUACGCCACCGCCGCCCUCUCCCCGUCGCCCGAUGACGACGACCCCGAGCUCGACAUCAACCUGGAGGACAUGGACACGCCCUCCGACAGCGAGUCCUUCGGCUUCCCCGACAGCCCCGAGUUGGACGGUGACUUCCUGCGGUUAGCGAAGGGCGGGGCUUCCCGGGCGUCCGUCUCCGAGCAGGCGGACUUCGGGAACAUGGAGCUGGACCAGGUGGACGCCGACGGCCGCAGGUGGAGGCGCCUCAGCGUCUCCGGGGAGGAGUGCUACGUCAACAUGAGCGUCAUCCAGCCCUACCUGCGGGUGCUGUCGCACGGGGGUUACUAUGGAGAUGGCCUGGACGCCAUCAUCGUGUUUUCCUCCUGUUAUCUCCCGGACAACACCAUCGAGAACUACCCGUACAUCAUAGACAACCUCUUCAGGUACAUCGUGGGGACCCUGGAGCUGAUGGUCUCGGAGGAUUACGUCAUCGUGUACCUGUGCAGCAUGGCCCCUCGGACCAAGCUCCCCAGCAUCAAGUGGCUGCGGCAGUGCUACGCCACCGUUGAAAGGAGGCUCAGGAAGAACCUGAAAGGGGUGUUCUUUGUUCACCCAGUCUGGUACAUCAAAGUCCUCCUCACCAUCGUCAAGGCAUUCACCAGUGCCAAGUUCAGCCGGAAGGUCCGCUUCAUCCGCAACCUGCAGGAGCUGUCAGAGUUCAUCCCCAUGGAGCAUGUGAACAUUCCUGACCACAUCCGACAGUAUGACCAGACUAUGGAAGGGUGACACUGAAGAAGUGCCCCUGAAUGUGUGUAUAUAAUGUACAUAAAGCUGGUUCUGUCUGGCUGGCGCUUUGGGGAAGCCUGGGUAGGAAGCAGACGAGGUGACGCUGGAGGACCUGAGUCCCCCUCCAUCGGCCCUUCUCCGGAUUCAGGGCAGAGGACCUUGACCAGGCGUGCGACCCCUGACCUCUCGAGAUUUCGCUGACUCAUUCCGCUCGACUUUGCGUUGUUUUCCCCUCUCAUCUGAUUUGUCUAAAAGCAGGGCCGCCCAACCCAUGUUGCUGGAGAUCUGCCAUCUUGUAUGUAGGUUUUCACUCCAACCCUGACAAAGCACACCUCAUUCAGCAGCUAGAGAUCUUGUUGAGCUGCUGAUUCAUAGAAUCGUCUGUGCCAAAUUAAAACCUACAGGAUGGUAGAUCUCCAGCAACAGGGCUGGGCAGCCCUGAUCUAAAUGGCGCACGUGACCAAUCACAGACAAGUGUGCAGUAGAACAGGCCUAAAGGGUAUGAAGGCAAAAUGUAAAAUAUAAGGACAUGUAAAAUAAAAAAGGGGGGCAGAUCCAAUGCCUCUCUCUCGUUGCUCCCUAGUCGUGUGUCGGGGGGGACGGGGACGGGGGGGGGGCGUCCACCGAGUGAGAUCACUCUUGCCCACACGACUUUCUUAUUAUCGGUCACCACGGCAACCAUAAGAGCGAAACUUGGCAGGCGCGGUGAACGUGUCCUUACAUAACGAACCAGAACGCCGUUACAUAAUAUCAGCCAGAUUCACGGGUAUAAGAUCAUCGCCUCCGUCGCUGCCGUACGGAUCUUAUUACGGGCCGCUCGAGCGCUGGAAACGAUUUUAGGCCAAAAGGACGAUGGUUUAAAUGCUGCUCUUGAGUUUCAGCUUACCGUGAAAACCGCUGCCCUGCCUCCUGGGCAUAGCGGUAGCUUGCGUUCGUCAUGGCCGGUUUCUAACUGUUAUUUUUUUUAACCCAGCCUCGACUCACUGGGUAUAGCUUAUGGGCUACUUCAAAUGCUUCUUUCCCACUCACUGCGUGAUGUAUUGUUGUUGUAUUAUUGAAUUGGGGUUUUAAUGUACAGAUAUUCGCUGUAAGUUGCUCCCGGGAAGCAUUUCCAUUUCGCAUUUCUUCAAGGGGCUCACCGUUUCAACCCGAAACACCAAAGCAUGUAAUCCAGUGAGUCAUCUGCAACCUUUUAUAACGAGCAACUGGCACCACUUCUGCCUGCUUUUAAGACCUGUGAGUCACCCUAAAACAGAGCUGGGGGACUUACUGAGCCCCCCUCCCCCCCAGCAGGGUACCAGCCUGGUGAUGCAUCAAGCAAAGAAUCUGCUGCAUUAUGGGCACUGAUUCAGACCAGGCCCCUGUGCACCUCCGUUGAUAUUACCCUCUGCAUGAGCGUCUGGGGGUGCUUAGGCCAAGGGUAGCCAACUCUGGUCCUGGAGAGCCGCAUUGGUCUUCCAUUUCUUAUUUUCAUUAAAAUCGGCAACUAAUUGACCGGUUUAAUCGAUUGCCGAAUGACCUUCCACUCUGUGUUUUUAAUUUGAUUGAUCAGUUAAGCGCUGAUUAACAACACCAGUUAGACCCUGUGGCUCUCCAGGACCAGGAGGAGGUGACUCCAAAUUCCCAGAACGAAAAGUUCUGUCUCCCUACACUUCUAAACAGCUAAAACAUCCCAAUUUGAUGGAACUUUAUGAAUAUGCAUAAAAUGGGUGUGCCCAAGGACAUUGGACAAAUUAAUGUUUUAUCACUGGUUACGCCUCUUUGUGAAUAUUUAUAGGCAUUACCAUAGCACCGAAAAGUCCUAAGGAAGUAGAGAGACUGAAGGACGGCAGGCAGGAGCUGACUAUCUGGGUGCAAUAGAGAAUCUGCUGGGGACACAAUCGCAUGACAGAGAAACAGGUGGAACUGGGAAGCUGGGAACAGUUGCAUGACGGUAAAUGAAAUGCUGGGACUGUGUAGGCGUGCUCUGUAGCCUUUGGCCUUUACCACACUAAUCUGCAACCGUAGCAAAGCGGCUUCUUUGUGGAAACUUAAUGUAUUCACCUCCUGGCCUAUGCAGUUCCCUGCUAAUGAGAAGCAACAGUAGCAUUACCGCACCUUGGAUCUGAUAAAAACAUGCUUAUGGGCAUCCAGGCUUACAUGCUUUCUGCACCUUGCCAAGUAGCACUCUCAUUCUUAAAAGGCUAACAUUUCAGGGCUGCUGGGUGGUUCAUCCAGUUAAGGUACUGUUCUAGUGCAUGAAUGGUUUGAAUCCGGACUGUGCCAAAGCUGACAGUUCCAGGCAUGUUUUGAUUGACGCAUGCCUUCUUGGCCAGGUCAGUGUUGUAAAUGAGAAUUUGUUCUCAGUCACUUUUACCUGGUUAAAUAAAGGUUAAAUAAAUAAAAAAUAAAGAUACCCGCAUUUCACCGCUAUCUAGUGCCCCCUGCUGCUCAAACGGGGGUGUGCAAGUCCACCUGGACAUGGAGAUUCCACCGGCUCAUCCCUGUGAGAGCCCAACUCUGUGAGAGAUGCCCUCUGUUUGGCAUGGUGUGCUCUCACGGACAGCAUCGGUCUCACAGAGAGGAACUGCCACGGUGACACGGCAGUGUGUCGUCAUGGUUACCUUAACUACUGCUUUUAUGUGUUGUGUUCCCCUUCCAUAAACUUUCUAAUUGCGUUUAAUGGCUUCUUCGGCGUAUUGUGUGUUAACGAGCACUAAUACACAACGCAAACAUGCGCGGUGGGUUGUUUUUCAAAGGAAGUGUAUUACAGUUCUGCUUUUUUUUUUAAAGAGAUCUCGAUACAAAGGGAGGAUAUUUGGCUUGUACUCUACCUGUUUCCACUCUUGUUAAUAUAGAGAGAGAGAGAGGGAGAGAGAGUGUGAGUGAGUGAGUGUAGAUUUUGGCCCGGAGAAAACGGCAGUGAAUUUUGCUGUGUGACGCCACUGGACUCUCAGGAAAUGGACUUUGACAGCAAAGGAAAAUGCGCUAGCUGUGGGUGACCGUUAGUCGCUGCACCCUUCCAGCUCAUAAACAGGAACCGAGAAACGUCUGUUAAGUUUGUGGGUUACAGACUCAUUUCUCAAUUCGGCAGCCUUCUGCGACCAGAGAACCAGCAAGUAUCAGAAGCAUACCAUGACAGAUCGGAACAGAACAAACGUUGCUUUUUGUGAAGGUACAAGUCUAGACUGUUCCUUAAAAAAGACAACACAUGACCUGUUUUGUAUCGUUUUGAAAAAUCAGCACUUGAAUAAACUGCCUCUUGUUAA